CAUGCACGCGCAUGCAUAAGCACAUACACACACCCCAUCUCUCUUGCAUGUUGAUUUAUGGAAACAAUUAUAAUUCUAGUGGAACCUUUCUGAGCUGAGUAAGUUUGUAGCUACAGUAAAGAGACUCAUGCUACAAAAAGCAGAGAACAGAAAUGGAAUACUUGUGUAUCCAGAUGUUAUCAGCAGGAACAAAUCUUUUACUUUCAGUGGAAGCAGCAAAUUCAAGUAGUACAGAAAGUCACAACAACCAAGGUUUUUAUUACCUGCUUCUUUAAAGGAUAUCGCGACUGAAAAGAUACUUAAGGAGUUACCCUGUUUCAACAUCAGUAACUUUUAAGGAAUAAGGAUCAAAAUUCUUGAAGAGGGAGAUAUCUUAUUUAAAUCAAUCUACAACUUCCAGUAAAGACAGAAGGCAGGUCAAUGAACUAAAAGCAACAAACUACUUGAGAUUUAAUUUUCAUUAUGUUUUUCAUGAACACCCAGAACACUGCACUAUAAUGCACAAAUGGAUACUGACAUGGAUCCUGCCAAUUUUGCUCUACAGAUUAUACUUUUACAUUAUCUUUCUAAUGGGCACUAUAUCUUUAGCUUGCAAUGACAUGACUCCAGAGCAAAUGGCUACAAAUGUGAACUGUUCCAGCCCUGAGAGACAUACCAGAAGCUAUGAUUAUAUGGAAGGGGGGGAUGUGAGAGUGAGAAGACUUUUUUGUCGAACACAAUGGUAUAUGAGGAUUGAUGAAAGAGGCAGAAUUAAGGGGACACGAGAAGCAAACAACAACUACAGUAUUCUGGAAAUAAGAACGGUGGCUGUUGGAAUAGUGGCAAUCAAAGGGGUGGAAAGUGAAUACUUUCUAGCAAUGAACAAAUCUGGAAAACUCUAUGGAAAGAAAGUAUGCAAUGAAGACUGCAACUUCAUAGAACUGAUUGAAGAAAACCAUUACAAUACUUAUGCUUCAGCAAAAUGGACACACAAAGGGAACGAGAUGUUUAUUACAUUAAACCAUAAAGGUAUCCCUAUAAAAGGUAAAAAAACAAAGAAAGAACACAAAGCAUCCCACUUCCUUCCUUUGGCAAUAUCCUAAUCAUAUAUGAUCUAUUCAAAACUAGUUCCAGCAGGAAGAUUAUUUUUAAAGAGACUGAUAAGUAAUCAAGGAAGGCUGGAAAACUACUGAGAAACUGAACAAGCUGGACUUGCGCAUUUAUGUUUAUUUUUGAGAGACUGCAUUAAAGAAGAUUUGAAAAUAUACACAAUAAACAGAUUUAGUAACUAAAAGUUGUAAAAAAUUGUAAAGAGUUGUACAAUCAUUAUGUUAGUACAGUAACUGGGUAGUUUCUUAAAUUAAUUUACCCUUAAGAAUAAGUCAUGACUUGAUCAUCUGAUGAUAUUUUAUUUAAAAAAAAAAACCUAUCUGCUUAUUAAACAUGGCUGCUAUAAUAAUAAUAAAGCAGAUGAUAAUGUUAUGUAAAAUAUGUCGGACUUUAAGGCUGCUGGAAUGAUUCGUCAUGUUAUCAAGUCAAUGUUAAAUGUGGAGGUUGAGCAGUAUUUUAAAUAAUUUCCCCUGCAAAAAACUGAUAAUAUAAACCCUAAUGAUGAUAAGAAAAAAAUUAUGAUCUUGUAACUGAUCAGAAAAAAAUAUAAUCUUGUAAAUUUGUUACUGUUGCAUUCCGAUAAAAAAGAUAGUUUGAAAAAUGAGGGUUGCUCCAUUACAAAAUGCUCA